AUGGCUAAGCCAGCUUCCUUGUUCUCUCUGUUUCUGAGUUUUCUUCUGCUCUUCCAUGGCUGCAUUGCUCGGCAACGAGGACAGCAGCAGCAAAGUGAGUGCCAAAUCCAGAGACUCACCGCCCUCGAACCCAGAGAAUAUGUCCAAGCAGAAGCCGGCGUAACCGAGUUGUGGGACUCGAGGAAUGAGCAACUCCAGUGUGCUGGGGUGUCGGUUAUUCGCCAUACUAUCCAACCCAGAGGCCUUCUUUUGCCCUCUUACACCAACUCACCCCUACUUGUCUACAUUGUCGAAGGUCGGGGUAUUCAUGGGGUUAUUCUGCCUGGUUGUCCCGAAACCUUCCAAUCAUCCCAGCAAUCUCAGCAAGAACGAGCAGAACGAGAAGGCCAGAGUUUCCAGGAUCGCCAUCAGAGAAUCAGACACCUUCGACAGGGUGACUUUGUGGCAUACCCAGCUGGGGCAGCACAUUGGGUGUACAAUGACGGUGAAAGAGAUCUUAUUGCCGUUGUUUUGCUUGACACCGGCAACAAUGCCAACCAGCUUGAUCGUGAUCCUAUUAGAUUCUUUAUUGCCGGAAACCCAGAUCGAGAACAAAAACAACAACAACAACAACACGGUCGUCCCAGUGGCCAAGAAGGGGGUUUUGGCAACAUUUUCCGCGGCAUUGAUGUUCAGACAUUGGCGGAGGCAUUUAGAGUGGACACAGAGACAGCACAAAAGCUUCGAGGUGAAGACGACCAGAGAGGCCACAUUGUAAGAGCUGAGCGAGGGCUUUCAGUAGUCCAGCCACCAUUGAGCAGGGAAGAACAAGAACGGGGAGAGCGUGGAAAUGGCUUGGACGAGACUAUCUGCAGCACAAGGCUCCAAGAGAACCUAGAAAAUCCCUCUCGUGCCGAUAUAUACAAUCCACGAGCAGGUCGCCUUAGCACCCUCAACAGCCUCACAAUGCCCGUUCUCAAAUUCCUCCAACUUAGUGCUGGGAGGGGAGUUCUCUACAAGAACGCUAUCAUGGCACCCCACUCGAACUUGAACGCACAUAGUGUGAUGUACGUGACAAGGGGUGAUGGUAGGGCUCAAAUUGUUGACCACAGAGGGCAAACAGUGUUUAAUGAGGAGCUCCGAGAGGGACAGAUUGUGGUAGUACCACAGAACUUCGUAAUAGUGAAAGAAGCUGGAAACCAAGGGCUUGAGUGGGUGGCCUUCAAGACUAAUGACAAUGCCAUGAUCAAUACUCUCAGCGGCCGGACAUCGGUGAUGCGGGGAUUGCCGGUCGACGUGGUUGCCAAUGCAUACCAAAUUCCUAGAGAAGAGGCAAGGAGGGUGAAGUACAACAGGCGGGAGACCAUCUUGUUUGAGUCAAGACAAAGGUCUGAGAAGAUUGCUUCGGCAUAA